AUGGGUGACAUUAAGGAGCACCAAACGACUGCCGUCAAGUUGCAGUCCCUGAUCAAGGACCUGAUGGCGGUCAACUCUGUGAAAGGAGAGUCGGAGCUGGGCGACAUCGCUGCCAAGGUGAAGGAGCUGCAGGCGUGGCCGACAGUGGCGCGCGUUCUGGAGGAGAGUGGCGUGCCAGAGCAGCAAGCCACCGCUGCCGAUUUGAAGGCCAGCAUCGCUGCCCUCGAUGAGCACGCGAGCAAAAUCUUCUCUGAUGCCAAAAAGGUCACGGGGCAAAUCACUACGUGGGCAAACAACGGCUUCAAGGUUUCUGGCAAUGCCACCCUUGCAGCCUAUGGCAAGCUGUUCAUGUCCGGCCCGGCUGCAGCGCCUGUCCUUCCGCCGGUCAUCAAUCAGCAGUUCCGCCUCUGGAGCUGCUGGGCUGCAGUUUGCCAAGUCGUUUCGUUCGGCCUUUGA